UCUGCUCAACAAUGUGGUCGAACGUCGUCGUCGUUACCUUGUUUUGCGGUGGCAUUGCUGCAGUAGCAUCAAAUUCCGACGGUUCGGUUCGUUUUGCGGUGGACUUUUUCAAGCAUGCGUACACCGCUCGGCAGAACGCGAUCCUCGCCCCGAUCGCCAUCCGGAGCGGUCUCGCGAUGAUGCACCACGUGGCCACCCCGGACGCGGCACGGAUCUUGCGGGAAGGUUUGUAUCUGCCAGAGGAUGGGUUGGGAGUGAUCAAGCAGACAAAGUUGAUGAUGAAUCGUGUUAACGAGCGGAAGAGUACGUUGGAGAUGUUGUCCAGGGUGUAUUUGCCGGACGCACCACUCAAUCCGGAGUUGGUUGCCCAUUUGAGAGACAAUUUCGGGACUGGUUCGGAGAUUGUGAAUUUUGCUGAGAGGAGCAAGGUGGCUGAGCGCGUCAACACGUGGGUCAACGAAUCAAGCAGGGGAAUGAUUCCGGAGUUUCUGAAGGCUGACGAACUCUCCGGAGAUGUGACUUCACUGCUGAUCAACGUAAUGGUUAUGAACGCCUCGUGGGGAUUCUUCGAUGAGAAGAAAACGAAGAAGCAGACGUUCCACUUUUUGAACGGAGAUCACGAAGUGGACAUGAUGAAGGUGAAAGGAACGCUUCCCCGAAUGUAUCUGGAGGAUCUUAUGACGGACGCGAUCAAGCUACCCUACGGAUGGGGUUCAGAUCUCUCGAUGGUUAUUCUACUGCCAAGGAAAGAGACGAACCUUGAGCACGUUAUCAAGCACUUCACUGUCGAUCACUAUAAACAGCUGGUUCAGCUUGAUAAUGAGGACGAAGGGUACGGAAAUAUACGGCUGGGAGUUCCGCGGUUCAAGAUCGAGCAAAAAUUGGACGCGCAAGCAACGCUGGAAAAGAUGGGACUUAAGACACUGUUUGGUCAGGAAGCGUUCCAGGUGCUCGCGACAAGGUUGUCCAAACUGGGACAGGUCAAACAGUCGGCUUUUAUCAAGGUGGACGAGCAGGGGACGCAAGCGGCGGCGGCCGCUGCAAUUCAAUCAGACCGUAUAUCUGGCCCAUGGAAUGUCGACCUAGAUCGACCUUUUAUGUACAUCAUUCGCAAGGAAUCGACGAAAGAUAUUCUGUUCAUUGGACACUACUCCAAUUACGAGGAAUGAUCCGAGAAGCUACGCAGUAUGCUAUGACUCCAUUCAGUGCAUUUCGUAACGCAAUGGUUUGUUCGUCUAGCCUACUUUGACCUCAACCUAGUGAAAGUGAUAUUAUACGUUGAAUAAAACUACGUCAGCUUGAUCAUAAGAUUUUUGAAAUUACUUAUUUGUUUUAUUUAAAAUUUAGAAACAAAAUUCUCUGCCAUUCUUCCACUUGUCCAUGAUAAAUGCUGUUCUCUGUUUAUCUCUGUGUGUGUGCCUGAUGGUGAGGAAUUUUUAAGGUAGGUUCUGGACAUCACUACACAGUAUUCGAUUUCUGUCAACUACUCUACUCGCUAAGACAUGUGUGGUGAAGAUGAAAAAUUGUAUUUUUAGCGUAAAUUAGAACCUGGGGAAAGAAAUCUUCAAAAAAGAAUCGACCUCUAUCCAGUUUGUCUAGUUAGGUGCAGUAUUGUGUGUGUGUGUGUGAUUUAUUGAUAUCUGAGCGUUCAAGUACUUUUAUCUUACAAAAAUUAUACCACCACGGUUUCCGUUCAGUUACAAAAACUCUGCUGCGAAACGGCGGUCCCUCUUCCACUUGUCGCUUCGCGCUCUGACCAGUUUCUGAAUUAGUUUUUUUUUGUUUAUUAUUUCUGUAAGUGUGUCAGUUUUGUGUUGUGUCAUUUCUAAGGCCUUUUAUAGUUUCUUUGUUUCCUUCAAGUUGUGUGUUAAGUUUUAAUAUUUUAUUAUUAUAGCUUUAAUUUGAUGAAUUUUUCAUAUAUCUUACAUGGUCGCUAACUGCUAGAGUACUAAACGAGAAUUUCUACCUUUAUUUGUUGUCUGACCUAGGGUGUAACGAUGCGUGUUUAAUUUUUGUUCUUGUUGUUAGUUACUUCAAUUACUUAUCUAUUACCACUAUCAGUAACCUACCAGAUCGAUUGAUAAACUCCACCUUCCCGUUUCGUGUUUGUGAACCGGCGAUGCUCCGUUCGUUCGAAAUUUUAAUGUAAAGCGUUUACAGUAUACCAAAGCGUUUGUUUUGUUUCUUGAUUCUUGUUUUUUUUUAUUUCACGUUUUAGUUUGAAACAACAACGAAACUGAAGAAGCAUUCAUUCAAUGUGGUUGAAUUUGUUAUAAAAAUCGAACGAAAUUUGAUUGAUUCUUGAUUCCUAAACAUCAUUUUGCUAGUUUUACUUCUUAAGGAGACUAUUUACACUAUUUACAGAGUUAAAGUAGAUUUGUAAAGACGUCAACGAUUCAGUUUAUAAACUCUCGAUAAGGCUCGUUAUAAAAUAAUCAAAAAAAACGGAAACAGAGUCAAGUUCAGUUGAUAACUAUUUUUUUUCCGAAACAGCAGACGAAUAACAAUUGUUUUAUCGCUGGCCCUUGUUCAAUCUCUUUGGGGGCAGCGUCGAAGGUGUUUGAUUUAGAGUUUUAAAAUCUGAUAUAAAAAUAUCUGAAGUACAAACAGUGUUUAAUUCCUCGGGGAAGUUUUCGCAACAGUCACCUGUGCCAAUGCUGGUGGCAUGAUUUUGGUUUUUUUGUAGGACUUGUUUGAUAUCACUUUUGUUGGUUUAUUUGAAUAAACUUUUUCUCUUUAUAAACUUUUUAAGACGUGGAACUACAACGGUACGAAAAUAUGACGCUAUUUUUUUAAUAGGUUUUUUCGGCAAAUUCGUGCGUAUAAAUUUUCAAAUCUUCUAUUUUAACACAAAAGCUACUUUGGACCACUUGGUAGAUUUUCAUAAUGUUUCAUUUGGUUUGGUUUAUUCUUUGAUAAUGAUUAUGGUUAUUUUUCUCGAAUGAAAAGGUUCUGGUUUUAAAGCUGAUAAUUACUACUUGUUUACCACUAUUUUACUCGUACCUGACUUAUAUUUACAUAGUUACACUACCGAAAGGUUGUAUCGGGGAACGAUUGAUGACAGUUUUAACGAAUUUAUAAAUGCAACCAAAUAAAUCA